AUGUCAUACUACCUAACUCUAAUAGGAACCAGAGACAACCCGCUCUAUGAGACCGAAAUAACUCCCAAACUCGCCUCCUCUUUUUCCUCCUCCGGCACAUCUCCAUCUUAUCCCACCAACUCCAACUCGACUCCUUCUUCGGCGGAAAGUGGAGGAGGUGGAUCGAGUAUGUUUGGUGGCCUCCUCGCGAGAAUUCCCACUACUACACUCACAAGCAAUAGUGCGGGAAGUACAGCAGGGGCGAGUGGAGCAGCAUCAGGCGGAGUAGGAGGGUCGGGGGGAUCGAGAAAGAAGAGAUACGAAUUGCAAAUGAUAGCGCACUCCGCACUAGACACUAUUGAGGAUGCGUUGAUUACUAGUCCUUAUCUGUAUCUGAAAAGUAUAGACAGGAUCCAAGAAUAUACAACAAGUUGUUUUGUUGUUCCUGGAAAUAUCAAAAUGGUCCUCCUCCACGAGCAUAAACUGGAAGAGGGAAUCAAGAGUUUUUUUCUCGAUGUUUGGGAGAGUUAUCUUAAAGUGAUGAUGAAUCCAUUUCAAGAUGCCAAUUCACCAAUAGAGAAUGCAUCUUUCGAUGCGAAAGUUAGAGCUGCCGCGAAGAAGUUCCUCUAA